UAAAUGAACUCGGCGCCGCAACGAACGUACUUAUUUUGCAGUCUAUAAGUGCGAAACGAACGAAAAACGAAAAGUGAAUAACAAAACAAAGAGCAGGAAAAUUGUAGUAAUAGAAAAGCGUGAAAAUGCGCUUCAAACUGUUUGUGGUGUGUGUGCUGGCCUGCGGCUUUAUGGCCUAUGUGCUGGCCAACGAGAAUAUCUCAACGGAAGUCGAAGAUCAAAUUGUGAAUAAACCCGCACCUGCCGCACCUGCCGCACCCGCAGCUGCUCCAAUAAAAUCGACCAACAAACUCGCCAAGGAGGCCGAAUUUGUGGAAAUACCAGUUGUGGUGCCCAAAAAAACAGCGGAAAGCGUCGUCAAAAUAGUCGAAAAAGUGGCAGCUAUUAGCCCUAAACCAACAGUUGGCGCAGCCGUCGCCGCCGCCGCCUCGCCCGCAAAAUUGGUGCCCUUGGUGCAUGUGGCACCGCUCGCUGCAGCAUCGAGUCGCGGCACCGAUGAUAUCCUCACUGUGGCAGGCCUCAAGCCGCAACAGAAAUCGGGCGCACUAGUUAUGCCCAAUGAUUAUCUGGGUGAACUGUACGAUCUGGAUAGCACAGGCUACAAUUGGGAUCCCAACAACAAUGUGGCACCACCGGACACGCCUUCAACCGCUGCUGGCGGCUACACAAUUUCCAGUGCUCGUCUUGCCGAGCUUCGGAGCACUUUCAUGUACUGGUACUUCGACAGGGACAGUUAUGGCGGCCGUGGCGAUUAUCAGUUUGAUAUACACGCCUCCAUGACGCAGUUGCACAAGAAUCUUAACUUCCAGAUGCCCUUCUAUGGCUUCCGUUUCAACUAUACGCGCCUCUCGUUGAACGGCUACUUGGAGUUCUCCGAUCCACCCGAGUAUCUGACCUACCCGCUGGUCUUCCCCAUCAAGGACUGGCCCCGUAAACGGGAUCCCUCCUUCAUGGGCAUCUUCUUCAGCAAGUGCCGUGUGGGUCGCAUUUAUCCUUCGGAUGUGGAUCAACGCACUCCUGGCGUUUACUUCCGUGUGGUACGUGAUUUGAUGGGUCGCACAGACCGCUUCGGCGUCGAGGUCCGCGAGCGCACAAUGUGGGAUAUUCGCACUGGAGUCGUUGGGGCAGAUACUUUUGUGCCUAAGCACGUGGUGAUCGCCACCUGGAAGAAUGUCUCCUUUGCCGGCGGCAUUGAUAACUCGCUCUUUACGACAAACACUUUCCAAAUGGUUCUUGCCACGGAUGAGGUUUACACCUAUCUCAUGUUCAACUAUGAUGUCCUUAAUUGGUUGUCCCAUACUGAGGCUGGCGGCGAUACGACAAAGGGCGAGGGCGGUGUUCCCGCAUACGUGGGUUUUAAUGCCGGCAACGGGACACAGGCCUACGAGUAUAAACCCUACAGUCAGAAUAUGGUUAUACGAGACUUGGUGAAUCGAGGCUGGGCCAAUGGUUUCCCUGGACGCCACAUUUUCCGUAUCGAUGAGCAAAUUUUAAUUGGGUCCUGCAACAAGGAUAUUGAUGCUGCCCUACUGCCGCUGACCUUUGCCCCGGAGUCGGGCAAUAUGUUGGGCGGUCAGGUGGUGAACAUAACCGGACCCUGUUUCGAUCCAAAUAUACGUGUCACCUGUCACUUUGAUACGGAAUCUGUGCUGGGCACAUAUGUGGAUCGGAAUCGUGUGAUUUGUGUGCAACCCUUCCUCAAGGCCGAGGGCUAUAUACGCUUCCAGAUCUCGGUGGGCACACAGCGAUUCAAAUGGCGUGGCAAAUACUUUGUGGAGACACCGGCCGCGGCCACCGAGAAGAUCUUCUUUGCCACCGAGGAUGUGCACAAGCGUAAUCCCAACGAGAUUCGCAUCACCUGGAAUGCCUUCAAUUUGACCUCCAAUCUGAAUGCCAAUGUCAUGAUCUCACUGUGGGGUUAUCGGGAGACUAAAAUCGAACCACAACUUGAGUACAUCGACAUCAUCGAGGCGAGCUUAACGAAUACGGGCAGUUAUGUGAUCACACCCUCCAAUUACCUAAAUCGCCACAACAUCAACAAUGAUAUGCAGUUCGGUUUCCUGCAGAUCAAUCUCACCCAACCGGCUCAAUAUUCCAACCUGGCCCUAAGUCCCACCCUGUGGUCGCGACCCAUUCCCUUGGCGUGGUAUAUGGCGCCGCAGUGGGAGCAGAAGCAUGGCAAACGCUGGCCUCGUGCUCUAUGCGAUAAUUGGAUACGCGCCGACCGAUUUCUCAGAAACUUUGCUGCCGAUUUGCCACUGUGCCCCUGCACCCUGGAGCAGGCUGUGCUCGAUUUGGGACGCUUCCGACCGGAUCGUGAGUGCGACAAGGACUCGAAUCCCAGCUGUUUGCGGCAGCGCGGUGCCAUUCAUUGUGUGGUCAGCGGCACCCCAGUUGCCCAAGGUGCUGAACAACAGUGCUGCUACGAUCGCUAUGGCUUCUUGAUGUUGACCUAUGACCAAAUGUGGGGAUCUCGGCCACGUCGCAUCCACAAUCUGGGCAAGAUGCCGUGGAAUGAGGCCAGCAAAGUGCCAUCUCUGUCCAUGUGGUUCCACGAUAUGCGUCCCUUCUACUCCUGCUGCUUCUGGCAGGAGGAGCAGGCUGUCGGCUGUGAAACUUAUCGCUUCGAGCGUCGUCCCUCGCAGGAUUGUGUCGCCUAUCAGGCGCCCGGCAUUGCUGGCGUCUUUGGUGAUCCACAUUUGAUUACCUUCGAUGGCAGCGCGUAUACAUUCAAUGGCCUCGGCGAAUUUGUCCUCGCACGCAGCACAGAUCAGAGUGAACGCUUCGAGGUGCAGGGUCGCUUCCAGCAACUGCCACCCAAUUACUAUGGCGAGGUGAUGGCCACACAGCUGACGGCGAUCGCAAUGAGGGGCAAUACAACGACAACGAUUGAGGUGCGUCUCCGCCCAUUGCACGCCCGUUGGCGUUAUCGUCUCGAUGUUUUGGCCGAUGGACGUAAGGUGUACUUCGAUCGCGAGAGUCUGAAAUUCCAGCAUUUCGAUGGUGUCACUGUCUAUACGCCCACCUAUCUGCUCAAUCAGUCCCAGGUGGUGGUGCAGUUCGAUGCGGGCGUUGGCGUUGAGGUCGUCGAAAACGAAGGAUUCAUGACGGGUCGCGUUUUCCUGCCUUGGAAAUUUAUUAAUAAAACGGCUGGAUUGUUUGGCAAUUGGAGUUUCAAUCCGAUGGAUGACUUCACGCUGCCCAAUGGCCAAGUGGCCUCGAUCAAUCUGAACGAUCAGCGUAGCAUAUACAACAACUUCGGGCUCAAGUGGAUGCUCACGGAUCGGGAUGUGCCCAAUGUGGGUGCUGCUCUAUUCACACGCGAAUUUGGACGGAUGGCCAGCUACUAUUCGAAUGCGACAUUCCUGCCGAACUUUGUCAUGGAUCCCGCCGAUUUCCUGCCCUCGAAUCGUAGCUUCGUUCUGGAACGGGCCGAGGAGUUGUGUGGCGAGUGUUUGCAGUGUCAAUAUGAUUAUGCGAUGACAUUGAAUCGAGAUCUGGCGCACUUCACCAAGAACUACUACGACAGUUUGGUCAACAUGCAGGCGGAGAAUGCCCAACGUGUUGUAUCCUGUGGUGUGCUGCAAACACCUCGUUUUGGACGCAAGCUCAGCUUUGACUUUAUGCCCGGCGCCAAGGUGUCCUUUGAGUGCAAUGAGGGUUUCAUUCUGAUCGGUGAUCAGCGUCGUGAGUGCCUCGCCAAUGGACUCUGGAAUGUGCCCGAGUACGGCUAUACGGAGUGUCUGCGUGAGGUGUAUUACACGCGUCGUGUCGCUUUCAUAGCAAUUGGCAUUAUCAUACUCGUUAUAUGCCCAUUGAUGCUGUGCAUCGUGUGCGGUGUCUAUCGCUAUCGCCAGAAGCAACUGAAGGAGGAUCCCCAUUGGCAGAUGACCUUGCCGCGAUCGCGUGCCGGAUCCGCUCGUAAUUUGCGCGUUUUGAACUAUGAUCCGGAGGAAGAUAGCGACACCGAUGCGAGCACAUUGAAAAAAAGUAGGUCCUACGAUAAAGUAUAUCGCACGAACGAACCAUUACCUGGCAAACCGCAAAUUGAUUUUCCAGCUAAGAAAUGGGAUCUGGAUAUGAACGAUGAGGAUGUGACAUCAUCGGAAGGUGAGAAACCGAAGCAAUCUGGCCGUCGAUCCCUACGCUCUGCCUCCGGCACCGAACUGAACGAACAUGGCCAGCCCAUUGCCGAGGACGAUGAUGAUUUCGAUGAGGGUGAUGUGCACACGGGCGUUAUGCAUCCCGCCGGCUAUCAUCAGCCCAUGUCGCCUGAGGAGGCCGACCAUUUGCAUCAGCAGCAAUAUAGCCCAACGUUUAGCGGUGUCGACAGUCGCACUAGUGCCGCCAGCUCUAUUAAUUAUACACCGCAGGCGGCGCAACAGAAUCGCUUUGGAGGCGUACCUGUUUUGCCAAACAAUUCGCAAUAUUACAGUAGGCCACCGUCGGGUGUGCCACAAACAGCGCCAAAUACAACAACAACGGCCACGCCCCUACGCAUUGCGCCCACGUUGCCAGCUGGCACACAACUGACGCAGGAUAGCGGCCUGCCCUCCCCCCCACCACCGUUGGCCACAUCGCCAACGCCAUCAGUGCAAAAGUCCACAGAAGUUUAGGACACAAAUAUCUACACACACACAUACACACACACACGCCCUCCCCCACCUUUACUUCGCCUUCUGUGCACAGGCUACCAAGUUCAAAUUUGUAUAACUAAUUUCACAUAUAUAUAUACAUAUAUAUAUAAAUAUCGUACAUCUAUAUUUACGUUUAUAAUUAUUAUUGCAUAACUUUGUUUAACUUUGCCAACUGCCGCACCUGUCUUCAUUUUGUAGCAUGUAUUUGUUGUUGUUUCCAUGACCUUGUUGCAAAUACUGGUUGCACACUCGUCUAUUAAACAUAUAGCCCAGCCACACAUUUUAUUAUUAUUAUUACUAUUAUUUAAAGAACUCGCCAAAAAACCCAUAAUCAAAAAAAAAAUCAUGUUUUAACAAAUUUGUUGUUUGCCAGCGACUUUCAUGUAUUUUGUCAAUUGUAAUCUUUCAUCAUUUUAUAAAAUAAAAAAAACCUUGUUAAUAGUAUA